AGCCUUCUGCUAUUGAUGCUUGCCAACACGGCGCCAUCUUUUGCGUCCGUUCACCCAGCCAUCCUCAAGGUUUCCAAUACAGAUUGGAACGCUCUCAAUGCAAGUGUUGAGGGUCGACUCGGUGUCUUAAGGCCUCUAGCGGAGCCUUGUUAUCUGAAAUACGACCCUAAUGGUCAGACGUCGUUCCAUACCCCUGACCUAGAAGCCUGCCAGAUCGCACUGAAAAACAGGCGCAAUGUGGAGUUCAUCAGCUCUCAACCUGCUGCAUAUCACGAUGCAUUCUAUGGGUCAUGUAUGACUGCGGGUCACGGAUGCCCCCUCGCCAAUUUGCCAGCGAAUGACACUACCAAUCCACUUCCGGGCACAUGCUACCAGGGCAGCGUACCGGAUUAUUACAUCGAUGUGCGGAGCGUGCGGGACAUCCAGGCGGGAUUGGAGUUUGCUGAAGAGCACCGUAUUCCCCUGGUGAUCAAAAAUACAGGGCACGACUACAAGGGCCGCAGUGCUGGACGUCAUAGCUUGGCGAUUUGGACACACAACCUCCAGCCUCCAAUUCACUUGGACAAAGACUUCAAACCGGAUGGUUGCGGAAAGUCGGUUGGUCCUACUCUAACAUACGGUGCCGGCCAAGGCUUUGAGGGCAUAUAUGAGUUUGCCCACCAACAUGGAUACAUGGCAAUAGGGGGAGCUUGUCCAACAGUGGGUGCAUCCGGAGGAUAUGUUACAGGGGGCGGCCAUAGUCUCCUUUCCCCGGUCCAUGGUCUGGGUGUUGACAACGUCAUGCAAAUGAAAGUUGUUCUACCUAAUGGGACAUAUGUCACGGCCAACCGCUGUCAAAACCAGGAGAUCUUCUUUGCUCUCCGUGGAGGUGGCGGUGCCUCGUUCGGUGUGGUGACGGAAACCACGGCCCGUGUCUUUCCUGAGGUCCCCUUGCAGAUGGCAGUUAUUUCGUUUGCAUCCCCGUUGACCUCUAGGGAAGUAACAGCUCUCGCGGUGGAUAACGGGGUUAAAUGGGCUGAAGACGGCUGGGGAGGGUACAUGAGCUCUCUGGGAGAGUCAACUAGUCUCAUGCUGGCAGUAACGCCCAAGCUUACGCUCGAAGAAGCAAAACUGUCAAUGAAACCACUGAUCGACUUCGCCCGGCCCCGUAACAACGGUACCCUUCGCUUUGGGGUGGACGUGACGACCGUUGAGAGCUACUGGGAAUUUCUACAAAGUCCUGCGAUGCAAUUCAUCGGCGGUCUCAUCGACGGAAUUUCUGUUGCCCAGUCCUCCCGUCUCGUUCUGAAAGAAAAUUUUGGAACGGAGUCCAAGCGACAGGAGCUCACAGAUGUGCUAUCAAACAUGCCCUAUGGAAUCAACAUGGUUGCACCUCUUGGAUAUGAGUUGCCCGAGUCAGACCAGCCAGGAGGUCCUGGAGAGGCGUCGGUCACUCCUGCGUGGAGAGAGGCUGUCUGGCAUAUCAUGUUACAGUCAGCUUGGGACACCGACAGCCAGAAGUCACAUACCCCCGAAUUUUUCGUCGAGCGCUUCAAAGAAGCUAGCGAGCUCGUGAGCCCGUUGCGCGAAAUCACCCCCAACAGCGGUGCCUAUCAAAAUGAAGCCGAUGUCUACGAGCCAAAUCACAUCGACAGCUUCUGGGGAGAGAAGAAUUACGACCGGCUUCUCAAGAUCAAGAAGGACGUUGACCCGAGUAAUCUGAUAACGUGCCAUCAGUGUGUUGGGGCCGAUUCGGAUGAUAGCCGUCUCGGUUGUUACCCGCAGAUAUAACCACAUGCAACGAGUGUGAGCGGUGUUAUUGAUCAGCUCUGGCGUUAGCCUUGUUGAAGAAUCAUAUUGGAACAUGGGGACCUACAUCAAUU